AUGAUGCUCGUACAAUUCUUGUUGUGUCUUUCGAUUCUGACGUCGGCGCAAGCUGCCACCAUUUCUGCAACACAAUGCGACAAUGCUACCGCAUCGGCUGCUCCAAAUAUCGUCUUUGACGGGCGUGUGAGGGCAAACGCGACCGUAACCGAUUUUGAUGGAACGUCCGGGCCCUUCAAUCCUGACUUUGUCAAGGGAGAAAAUGUGAGCUUUAGUCAGCUGAUCAAAUUUCCAGAGGGCGAAAUUGCGUUGUUUGACAGCAGCGUGGGCGCUAAGGCCAUUGAAGUCACGAUCAGUGAUCAAUCGAUCUUCAAUCCCGGGGGUUCCAAUGCCCAGACCGCUGUUCGUCGCGCAGAGUUGAUGCCCCGAGGCGACCUUGUUGCUGACAAUGUAACCACGACGGGCAUCAAAACGCUGCAUUUCUCCAUCAAGCCUAGCGCCGACAGGCCACUAAAUGUUAGCCAUGAGUAUCUGAUGGUGUUUCUCGAGCGAGCUGAUUUUGCUGGAAACCUCUUCAUGCUCCGAACCGGAACUCUGAUUGGUAGUGAUGGUUCCACCAAAAACGACUUGGUCCUUUUCGGAAACACCCAAAAUGGCACACAGACUCUAUUCACAACGCCUUUCGAGAAGGCUGCAUUCAACAAUUUCGCGUUACGUCUAGACUUCACGCAAAACACCAUUCAAGUCUUCCAGUCGACUGGAGGUGCGCCUCUGGUGCAACAGACGGAGCCAUUGCCUAAUGAUCUAUCUGGAAAUGGUGAUUACCACGUCGGACUCAACAAAAAUCCCACGGAUCCGGGUGCGGAUUCCCUUCGUUCGGGUUUCCAGGAAAGCGGCAUAAACGAGGGGAUGGUGUACGGUAGCAUAUUCAUCGAAGACAACGCCAAUUCGACCGUGACGCUGUCUUAA